CUUCACUGUGAUACUUCGAUGGCGCGUACGAGAGUCGCAGCGACGCCGCCGUCGACGGCCGGCGAGAAGUCAGAAACACGGCGCCGUUUAAGCAUGGAGAGGUCGGCGCUGUUCGCCAGGAGAGAGGCGGCGAAGGUUUUGAAGCAAAUUCUCCAAGGCGACUCCCGGCGGCGGUCCGUCGGCUCUAUCAAGUCGCUCGUUUACAGUCCGUCGGUGAGGAACAAGAAGGGGACCUUUGCUCUGGUCUGCGAAACCCUAAAGCAUCUCAAGAUAAUCAAACAGGUGUUGAAUGCUGCAGACGUUCUGAAUAGCAAGUGGAGGAAGCAAGAUGAGUUGGUUUACAUUGUCACCUAUGAUAUUCUUUUCGGCAAGGUGACUUCGUCGACUGGUGAUGCAGAGAGGUUUCUCUUGCUUCGGAAAGGGGCUCUGCAGGCAGCUCUAGAUCGCCUUUUAGUGAAGAAAAAAGUGAAGAGCGUUGAAGAGUUGAUAGCUCUCGAUCAGACUCCUGAGAUUUCAAAACCUCGGUAUGUUCGUGUUAAUACUCUGAAAAUCGAUGUCAAUACAGCCUUGUUUGAAUUACAGAAACAAUACAAGGUUCAAAAGGAUGAUCUGCUUCCUGACUUGCUGAUUCUUCCACCCAGCAGUGACUUGCAUGACCAUCCUCUAGUUGUCAACGGAAGUGUCUUCAUGCAAGGAAAGGCAAGCUCUAUGGUUGCAACAGCCCUUGCUCCAAAACCAGGGUGGGAGGUUCUUGAUGCAUGCUCAGCUCCAGGAAAUAAAACAGUCCACCUAGCAGCUCUUAUGGGAGAUGAAGGAAAAGUCAUAGCAUGUGAGCUGAAUGAAGAGAGGGUUAAACGACUAAAAGAGACGAUCAGACUCUCGGGUGCCUCUAAUAUUAAGGUUCUGCACGGAGAUUUCUUACACUUGAACCCUGAGGAUCCUGCAUAUUCCAAGGUUCAGGCCAUUCUAUUGGAUCCUUCCUGCUCUGGAUCCGGGACAGCUUCUGCAAGAUUAGAUCACUUGCUCCCUUCUUCUGCUCCUGGUCACACUGCCGACUUCACAGAGACAGAAAGACUGAACAAGCUUGCAGCGUUUCAGGAAAAAGCUCUGGCUCAUGCGUUGUCUUUUCCAGAAGUGGAAAGAAUUGUUUACAGCACAUGCUCUGUCAACCAAAUUGAAAAUGAGGAUGUCGUCAAUUCUGUUCUACCUCUUGCUGAAUCUUAUGGUUUUGAACUUGAAACUCUGUUUCCCAAAUGGCAACGCCGUGGUCUUCCGGUUUUCAAGGGUGCCGAACGCCUGCUUCGAACUGAUCCUGUUGAGGACAAAGAAGGCUUCUUCAUUGCUUUGUUUGUCAGAAAACGCUCUGAUCAAUCAGAGGAACCUAAUUUGACAAAUGAAGAUAACACUCGCAAACAUCGACAUGCAAGUAAGAGAAUUGUUGUACCACCCACUACCAAUUUGUUUAAAAUCUGGGCACAUGCUAUGGUGAAUAGGCCAAACUGUAGUUGUUGCGGAUGA